UCAGGGAAAUAGAAACUUGCAGCGGUGCAGCAGGCAGGCAGGAACGGCUGACGUUGGACAGACCACCACGUCUUUCAGCUUCCUCUCGCUUGUCAGAAGAAGACCUGCAGAUGCGCCUGAGCAGUAGCCCUGCAUCACCUCAACUCCAUCGACAGACCAACUCCAGGGACAAGGACACUCAUGUCUUUUUGACGACGCUACAGGUGUUUUGAGUCGGAAGUCACAAUGCUGCCCGUUGUUUGUUUAGUGUUCGUCCUGGCUGGAACGGGGCAGGCCCAGAGUCAGAGUCAGACCCCCAGGCGGGACGGCUCUGCCACGCCGUGGCGGCAGGUGAUCCAGUGGGAGAACAACGGUCACAUGUUCAGCCUGCUCAACAGUGGGUCAGAAUACGUUCCGGCCGGGACCGACGCCCAGGACCGAGACCAUCGAAUAGUGGUGGCCGACACCCGCCCUCAGUUGCCCCGUAGACCUCAAGGGGGCAAUGUCCGUAGACAGGCACCCUCACAGGGAUCCUCUGAGACAAUCCGCGGCCAGGCCAGGCAUCCUUUCGGUUUUGGGCAGGUGCCUGAUAACUGGAGACAAACGUCAGGCUCCACAGGUGGGAUACCCUUCCAGCGUUCCUCCGGCACCCGGGUCAGACAAUCCACAGGCUCCUCAUCUUCCUACCCUUCAUCACCUUACAGCAUACCGUCCUACCCUCAGUAUCCCGUUCCUCAACAGCCCGCCUACCAACCUGUGCCCUUUGAGCCAAGUUAUGCGGAGGGACCAUACAGGAGCUACGAGCCACCCUUUCAGCCAGUUCCCGGAGGGGGUUUUGUUGGCGGAGCAUACGGCGGUGGCCAGGGGUACACCGGAGGGGGGUAUGGUGUUGCCCCGGUACUGCCUGGCUCACAACCUGAAUUCACAGAUGAUGGUUACCAUUUCUACCAGUCUUACAGCUAUGGGGCCAACCCUGGGGUGCCCCCACAAGCUGCCCAGCCUGUCCAGCCACCGUUCUCAGAUGGCCUGGACCGCAGAUACACCCACAGUCUGUACAAUGAGGAUCCCGCCGCCUCCGUCCCCGACAGCAGAGUGGACCAGCCAGGACCUGCUGGUCAAGCGCCUGUACGGAGCCCUCAGUAUGAGCAGUUCCCGCCAUUCGCAAGACCACAACCUCCCUUCCUACAACCUGUGCCACCUGGCAGAAACUCUCCAAACUCCGCCAUUGAGCAAACCAAUGUCGGGAGCAUAUACCAACAAGAGCAAAGAGGUUUGCCCGACCUGGUUCCAGAUGCCAAUUAUGUCCAGGCUUCUACAUACAUCCAGAGAGCUCGCAUGUACUCGCUGCGCUGUGCUGCAGAGGAAAAAUGUCUCUCAAGCUCUGCGUACGCACCGGAGACCAACGACUACGACGUCCGAGUACUGCUACGCUUCCCACAGAGGGUGAAGAACAAGGGCACUGCUGACUUCAUGCCGAACAGGCCACAUCAUACCUGGGAGUGGCACAGUUGCCAUCAGCAUUAUCACAGCAUGGAUGAGUUCAGCCACUACGACCUGUUGGAGGUCAGCUCAGGUCGCAAAGUGGCUGAAGGACACAAGGCCAGUUUCUGUCUGGAGGACACCACGUGCGACUUCGGACACCUGAAGCGGUAUGCGUGCACCUCACAUACUCAGGGUCUGAGCCCAGGCUGCUAUGAUACUUACAAUGCUGAUAUUGAUUGUCAAUGGAUCGACAUCACAGACAUCCAGCCUGGAAACUACAUACUAAAGCUCAAAGUCAACCCCAAAUUCCUGGUGAUGGAAUCAGAUUUUACCAACAAUGUGGUCAGGUGUAACAUCCACUACACAGGACGCUUUGUUACGACAACCAAAUGUCAGCUUGUGCAGUCUUGAUCAGGCACUGGAAGCCCAAACCACCACACAAGAGUGACCCUGACUGCUCUUCCAUUGGAAUGUGAAUGGAACUUGUUGGCUCGCUGUAGUUGUUUGUUUGUCUUUGCCGUUUUAAUUUCUUUUGCGCUGUCUCGGAUUUUGGGGACCUCACAUGGCGAAGAAGUGGGAUCCGCUUUUGGCACUGAUUCAAUUGGGUGGUGUGGGUUAUUCUAAGACAGGGGUGGCCAUGUACAAACCGUGGACCAUAUAUGCCCCCCCCAGGGUAGUAACUGUGAUUGCCUCAGUUCAUCAAUGCCAUGGUUUAAAAGCAAAUAUUACCAUAUUUCCUCAAGCAGUUGCCUCCACUCUAAUUGACGAUUCACGACAUUUAAUUGCUCCUAAAAUAGUUACCGUAACAACUUCAGUUCAUAGACGCUAUUGUUCGCACACAUUACCGUAUCUCAGCAAAUAAUGAACUCCACUUUUAAUAGAGGCCUCAUUUCUUUGCUGGGUGCCUCAUCCUCAAAAGAAAUAAGCACCUCUCCCCAGAUACUUACUGUAAUUACUCCGGUUUGUAGGCGCUAUUGUUCACUCAUGUACAAGAUGUGUCGAAAAGGUUCCAGUGCUGAUGUCACAAAAGACUACAAGUUUUCCCCUUUGAAGUAAUCCCCCAGAAGUCUCACGCACUUUGCCAGCCUUUUCUUUCACACCUUCAUGCCCUAGUGGAAGGAUUCUUCCGAGAUUCUCAAUCGUCAAGGCCAUACUGAUGUCAUCCACCUCUUUUUAACGGGUCCCCUUGAUGACUUAAGCUUAAGCUUCAUACGUUAAGCUUCAUACGGAGCCAGUCCGGUGAGUAGGGAGAUUGGUCCUGCAUGGCAAAUUUCUUCUUCUCUUCUCUUCUCUUCUCUUCUCUUCGUGAUUUGUGUUUGAGAUUGAUAUCUUUUGUGAAAUCAGUCCUGGAACUUUUGUGACACUUAGAGGAAUUGAUUAGUUACACAACUUAUGCGUCUGCCUUGCUUCUUGUUUCACUGCAUUGAUAAAAUACGGUAAAUCUCAGAUGUAUCACAUUAUCAUCUCACAAUCUCUUCAUAAAUAAAGCAUACUAGCGUAGCGAGGUUUCAGCCAUGUUUUUAGUUUUUUUUUUUUUUUUUACUCCGUAAAAUCCAAGUUUAAGUUCAACUUCUUCUCAGUCUAAGAUUCAGCAACAACCCACAUGUACGACAGCAACAGGGGUUUUAAAUGACACUUUUAGAUAAGAAAAUCCACUACUCACUAAGUUAGGUAUAUUCGGUUUUGGGGUGAAAUUUCAGGAUGAACCCAAAAUGCCUGAUACCCUUUACAGUUGAAUUUAAUUUGACCUCCGCUAAUCUUUUGAAUGCACAUGUACAACUGUUCAAUGUUUCAGUACUUUUUGCACAACUUGCUGUUCUCCAGCAGCUAAACGGCAAAAUUCACAUCAGAUGUUUAAUCCAUGAGUCGGCCAAAAUGUUUCCAAGGAUGUCCACCACUUCUAUGCCUUUCUGUGAGUCUUCCAGUCUCUGCAUGUCUGUUGCAACCUGAAUUUUGCUGUUCAGCUCCUUGUUAGAGAAGGUCAAAUUAAGUUUAACUGUAAAGGUUAGAGUGCAUUUAAGGUUUAUUGUGAAAUUUCACCCCAAAGCCGAAUAUCAGUUUUUCUGAGUAGUGUACAGUUCCUUACCAUCGCCAACUACUGGCUUGGCAUGCACAUUCCAAUGUUUUAAAAAGAAGCUCAACCUCAAGGUGCUCUCUUGUAAACAAGGCUCAUGAUUAUUGUAUGUAAGCUGUAUGUUUACACUGUCUUGUUCAACUUCCAACACUGGUCUGGUGGCACAUAUGGUCAUCGAUGCCUUUUUUUUUUUUUUUUUAAAGAAUGUAUAAGCAAAUAUUCCACUGAUGCAUUACUGACUUAAACAAUGGAUAGGUUUUGAAAUAGUUGUAACUAUUGCUUUUGUUCAGUCCAUGUGUUUUAUGGGUUAUCAGAAUUUGUGUGUGAUCUUGGGGGUUGAAUAAAAUACUACAAAUCAG